AUGUUCCAGUGUCCCCAGAUGGUUUACCAGCCCCCAUGUUCCAGUGUCCCCAGAUGGUUCACCAGCCCCCAUGUUCCAGUGUCCCCAGAUGGUUCACCAGCCCUCCAUGUUCCAGUGUCCCCAGAUGGCUCACCAGCCCCCAUGCUCCAAUGUCCCCCAGAUGGUUCACCAGCCCCCAGAUGGUUCACCAGCCCCCAGAUGGUUCACCAGCCCCCAUGUUCCAGUGUCCCCCAGAUGGUUCACCAGCCCCCAAUGUUCCAGUGUCGCCAGACAGUUCACCAGUCCCCCAUGUUCCAGUGUCCCCAGAUGGUUCACCAGCCCCCAUGUUCCAGUGUCGCCAGACAGUUCACCAGUCCCCCAUGUUCCAGUGUCCCCCAAAUGACAGUUCACCAGCCCCCCAUGUUCCAGUGUCCCCUGAUGGUUCACCAGACCCCAUGUUCCAGUGUCCCCAGACAGUUCACCAGCCCCCAUGUUCCAGUGUCUCCCAGACGGUUUACCAGCCCCCAUGUUCCAGUGUCCCCAGAUGGUUUACCAGCCCCCAUGUUCCAGUGUCCCCAGAUGUGUCCCCAGACAGUUCACCAGCCCCGCAUGUUCCAGUGUCCCCUGAUGGUUCACCAGACCCCAUGUUCCAGUGUCCCCCAGACAGUUCACCAGCCCCCCAUGUUCCAGUGUCCCCCAGACGGUUUACCAGCCCCCCAUGUUCCAGUGUCCCCAGAUGGUUUACCAGCCCCCAUGUUCCAGUGUCCCCAGAUGAUGGUUCACCAGCCCCCAGAUGGUUCACUGGCCCCCAUAUGGUUCACCAGCCCCCAUGUUCCAGUGUCCCCCAGAUGUGUCCCCAGAUGGUUCACCAGCCCCCAUGUUCCAGUGUCCUGCACAGUUCACCAGCCCCCCAUGUUCCAGUGUCCCCAGAUGGUUCACUCAGCCCCCAUGUUCCAGUGUCCCCCAGAUGGUUCACCAGCCCCCAUGUUCCAAUGGUUCACCAGCCCCCAGAUGGUUCACCAGCCCCCCAUGUUCCAGUGUCGCCAGACAGUUCACCAGUCCCCCAUGUUCCAGUGUCCCCAGAUGGUUCACCAGCCCCCCAUGUUCCAGUGUCCCCAGAUGGUUCACCAGCCCCCCAUGUUCCAGUGUCCCCAGAUG